CCUCCCUCUUUCUCUCUCUCAGUCACACAAGAGCCGGACAUACUGUAUCUCCGCAGUACCGACCAGCCAGCAUGGACGCACGGGUCGCUGCCUCUCUGCUCGCCGGACUUGUGGUCCUCCUUCACGGGUUAACGGCAUGGGCGCUGGUGGAGGUGAACAUGGAGGACAGGGUGGAGGUAUUCAGAGGGGACACGGCUCAGAUCACCUGCAUGUUCAGCUCAGACGACGGCAUCGGGGGCGUCACCAUCCAGUGGUUCUACGUGUUGAGGACAGGGGAGAAGCAGAAGAUCUACUAUGAGGACGCCACCAUGAAGGUGGUGGACCGAGGCACGCCGUUUACGGAGCGCAUCACGGUGAACGUCACCGCGGCCACUGGAGAAGUGGUGUUGACCAUCACGGACGUGCAGGUGAGAGACCAGCUGGAGUUCAUCUGCCUCAUCAAGAGUCUAACUGACGGGGUCAGCGAGGGACGCACCAAGCUGUUGGUGUUUGAAAAACCAGACUCCCCAACUAUAGAAGGCUUCCAGAUGGGGAUCUCCAUCAAUGAAGACGUAUCAAAGAUCGGCACGUGCGAGGUGAAAAACGGCUUCCCCAAGCCAAACAUCACAUGGUACCGAAACAACGCUCCGCUAAGAAGAGCCGACGACGUGAUCAAGGUGGUGCCCAGCAUCACCAUCGAGUCCAGCGGUCUGUUCUCAGUGAGGAGCGAGCUGAGCAUGAAGGUGACCAAGGAGGACAAAGACGCUCUGUUCUACUGCGAGGUCACCUAUCUCGUCCCCGGAGGGACCAGAAUGAUCGAGACCAACACCAUUAACGUCACCGUCUACUACCCGUCCACUGCUGUCCACGUGUGGGUGGAGUCGCCAAAGGGCAAAAUUAAGGAGGGGGACUCCAUUGAGUUUCAUUGCCAAGGCGACGGAAAUAUGCCUUCCUCCACCUUUACCCUCAAGCACAGAGGGGUGGAAUACACGAUGGAAUCCAACAUGUACGUGCUGGCAAAUGUAACGCGUCUCAACAGUGGCGAUUACGAAUGUGUCUCAUUGGACACGGACACCUACGAGGAGCUCUCGGGGACAAUCACCGUCUUUGUGGACUACCUGGACCCUGCCGUAGUGGCGCCCGCCAGCCCCGUGGAGGUGGAUCAAGGGGAGGAGCUGACGGCCACCUGCAACGCCUUGUCUUCUCUACAGACGCACACCACCUGGUUCAAGGAUGGACAGAAGGUGUCGAUGGGCCACACUUUAAUGCUGAAGGACGCCACCUUUGACACAGCAGGGACGUACCAAUGUGUGGUAACCGUUCCGGAAGCUGAUGGGAUGGAAACGACGGCGACAUUUGGUGUUAACGUGAAAGGCCCACCAGAGAUCAUGCGACCAGAGCACACGGAUAUCGAGGAGAGUUUGGACAGUACGGUCGACCUGACAUGUCAUGUGCGAGGGUACCCUGCCCCCACCGUUAUUUGGACCACCCCUGAUAGAAAGGUCCUGGAGAACACGUUCAAAAAAGAGACGGACGACGGCGUCACCAGCAUGGUGAGCGUGGAAGUCACGUCCGACCUCACAGCUUUCUGCAACGCCUCCAACAAGUACGGCGCUGACGCCGUGGCCUUCAACGUCAAAGCUAUUGUACACACCACAGCAGCAGCCACCACCGCUCGCACGAGCACUAUUUCCUCGAGCACAGUCCAAGCAGCGACCGCUAUCCCACCAAAGAGAAUCAGGAAAGAGGGCAGCGGUGUCAUCAUUGCCGUCAUCAUCAUCUGCAUUCUGCUGCUGGCCAUCUUGGGCAGCGUGCUCUACUUCCUCUACAAAAAAGGAAAGAUCUGCGGGCGCUCCGGCAAGCAAGACCUCACCAAAGGGAAAUCCAGCAAAGACAACAUCGUGGUUGAAAUGAAGAGCGACAACACAGAGGAGGCCAUCCUCCUCGGGGUCAACGGAGAGAAGCAGCCUCCCAGAAACCAGUAAGCAAUGGUGAGAAGGAGCGGACAACACUUCUGAGUCCGUCCCACGGCUCCUCCAAGCCCAAGAAAAGCUGUCUGACACCCCAGAAUUGGACGAUAUUACAAAACUGUUUGGCUGUAUGUUGCUGAUCAUCUGCCGAGCAGGGACUAUUUUUUUUAAACAGCCGAACAAUCACCGUAGAGCGUCGUGAACAAGCUCUUCCUCUAGUGUACAUACAAUACCAGACAUCCGUGUAUAUAUUUCCUUAUUUAAAGUGUGCUGACACUUGAUUUGUGAAGAGCAGGGAGAGUUGAGGGUAGUUUUUGCUCAAAGUCUGUACACUGAAAUCCCCGUGUACAGUGUUCCCUCGCGCCGUCGCGCUUCACCUUGCUCAGACUCGCUAUUUCGCUGAUUUUUUUGCUGCAAUUUUAGUGCCUGGCCCUUUAAGAAGAAUUGCACUGUGGGAAGUUGAGUGUUGCGUCUCUCUCUCGGCCUUCCUUCUCUCUUUUGUCUGCACCGCCCGUCGUCUUCAAAACCCACAAUGUCGACGAAACGUCCUGCACCCAAAAGGCAGAGGAAGCCAGCCGUGCCACAAAAAGUUGGACUUGUGGACAUGAAGGAAGGCAGGCGCUGCGGCUGUAGGGCGCCAUUACGGAAUAAAUCAAUCUUCGGUUGGAGGAGCACAACGAGGAGGAAAAUAAGACGGCAGGACCAAUAUGUUUUAAGAAGGAUACAAAAACGCUUCAGCGGAACAGCGGCAGGACAAAGAGGUGCGGCCAGAGGAGUGAAAUACGCGGGAGUCACUUAUAAGUUCUUGUGUUCAACCGAGUAGGUUGAGCAUUCAAAUUCAAAGGAAAUGUGAACUUUGAGAGUCUUCAAACAAGAGAGAAAUGUGAGAAAACGUGAAUGCCUGUCUGAGAAAAGUGUAUAAAGCAGGGAUGUCCGAUAUUAGCUUUUCUGGCGAUAUCCGAUAUGACGAUAUCGUCCAACACUCAAUUUCCGAUUCCGAUAUCAACUGAUGCCGAUAUGUAUGACAUCACAUAUCUCCUGUGGUGGAAUGAACACAUAUCUGUUGUGAAGCUAACGGCUAUAGCAUCAGCAAUUAGCUUCUUGACGCGGCUGUAAACAACAUCUCGCUGUAAGCAAACUACCGCGUCUGCCUGCCGCUAUUUCUGCGUUACCCCCAUAAACAUGAAUGAAUGAAUUGUGUGCAGGAAAACACUGUUUUCCACAACGUCUGCAAAUUAUGCUCUCAAAACAAUUUAUAAUGGCCAAAUCAUGCAUGGCCAGGUAUGGCCACGCCCACCACUGGCCACCCUGUAGCUCCGUCGCUGCUUUUGGAGCGUCUUUUAGAGCAAUUAAUUGCCGAGCAGUGUGCCGAGGACGUGUUUUCAAUGCACAGUUUCUGGAUUCUGCUCCCCAUCAUGGCGGCCAGUAAGAAGGAAGCGGAGGCAUAUAUGUCUAUGAGCUACCCCGCUCUCCAUCAGUGGUGUUCUGAUAAUCCACCACGUCCUGCCGGCUCAGGUAUAUGCUGCGUGUUGACUCUUAUGGCGACAGCAAUGUUGCUUGUGGCGCUUGAAAGGCCGUAUCGGCUUCCGUUAUAGGGAAAAAACACGACAGUGACUGAUUACCGAUUACAUUUUUAUUCCAAUAUCGGGCAUAAUAUCCGCCAAUAUCGGCCCACCGAUAUUAUCAGACAUCCCUAAUAAUAAUUUGCGGAUUUCACUUAUUGUGGGCUAUUUUGGGAACCUAUCCCCCGCGACAAACGAGGGAACACUGUAUGUUUUUUUUUUUAGCUCUUAACGCUCGCUUAAUGCAACCACCUUUUUCCCUCUCUGCGGCGAACACGAGCACACGAGCAUCGUCACCAUCCACUGUAUGUUGAAGGAUAUAUUUUUGAAAAAAAAAAAAGAUAAAUUGUGGCGAUCACAUCUUCCGUUAGAUGUUGCAUGUGUGCCUUGACGCUUCCCACAUAUUCUACCUGCAUAGGAGAUUAUUGGCUAAAUAUGACCCAACGUUUUGUUAGACAUGAAGCACUACCGUCAUGUCGUGUGUCCACUGCACUGAUUUCUUUGUGCUCGUCUCGAAUGUGAAACUUUAUUUUGUGACGUGACUGCAGUCAGAAGUCGUCCGCGUGAGGCUUGGGUUUAAAAGACACUCCAGUACAAGUCUUACGUGCUUAUUUAUGCAAGACAAGCCAAAGUGACGCAGCAUCUCCCACUUGCCUUACAGCGUGUUCACACACACACACACACACACACACACACACACACACACACACACACACACACACACACUGUGUCUCAUGAAGCAAAGGAGUGUCAGAGCCACACUGAAAAGAAAUAAAGAGUAAAAUGCUAUGAGAGUAAAGCUGUAAUGCUACUACAUCAACUUGUAAUAUUGUGGGGGGAGGAAAAGGGAGGUCGGAAUCUUGCAAAAAGAGGCAUGUUUCACAAGCGAAGGUCAAAAUUCCCACAGAGACUUGAAUGCAACAGCGUGACACCAACAGUCCACAUGCAAAAUAUUAAUCAAGUUAUGUGAUUCCACUUUUGUUGAAAUGAUUCUUGAAUGAUUUGCAGAGUAAUGUGCAGAAUUAUUCAUGAGAAUGUUUGGGAAAUUCACACGAGAGUCUAGCUUGACGACGUCCUCAGCAAUCUUCACUUUCAGGCGUUUAAGAAUCACAACAUCUGAAAGGUUUUUUUCUGUGAUAUUAAGACUUUAUUUUGCCCAAAUUAGGAGUUGCGCUCCCAAUAAUACAACUUCGUGCUCGGAAUAAAUUGUUGCAGUUACAACUUAACUUUACUUUUUGUCGUAAGAUGAAAACUCUUAUUGUGGUAAAAUGGCGUAUUUUUGCGAUAUGCAAAUCUUAUUCUCAUAAAACUAUGACUUUUUUACAGAAUGUCCUGACUUUGCUCUCUGUAAAAAAAAAAAAAAAAAAUCUUGUAUUAAUGAUGAUUUUAGUAAGAAAUUUGGACUUUUUCUCCUAAAAUUACGACUUAAUUUUCAAAACAUUUUUUAAAUUUUGACUUUUUAUCGUAAAUUACAACUUUUUCUCGUUAUAUUGACAUUUUUUCCAGUAAAAAUUGUGACCUUUUUAUUGUAAUAUUACAAUUUUGUUAUUAGUUUAUUCUGACUUUUUUCUUUGUAAACGUUUUUUUUCUCAGAAUUAAUGGGACUUUUUCCCUCCUCUUUUUCCCACUUAUUCUGAAAAUAAUAUUGAUUGCAAAUUACAACUUUACGUUUGGAAAAUUGUGAAUUUUUCUCAUAAUCCAU